UUGCCAUGGAAGCCGACCCGAUUGGAACCAACCAUGAAAGACAAGACAUGAAUUGCUUUCAAGAUGUCAUGACAAACAACAACACGUUGACUCACGAGAGAGUUGAAUUAAGAAAAACGCCUACUUCAACUUCAAGCCAUAUUCCAAAAUUGAUCAUUAAGAAAGGAAAUGGUUCAAGAAUGAAGCCUGAGGAAUAUGGUGAGGACUCCAGUCCGUAUCCCCGCAGUGGACAUGUUGACCGGCAAGCUGGGGAGAAAUUUGAGAUCCCUGGGGUACCUGGGAACUCUCCCCAGGGUUGUGAAACUCUUGGUAAGCAUCACAGGAGUCAGACUUUGCAAGAGAGUGAGCAAGGGAAAGCCGUGAAAAAGAAGACGUUCUUACCAUCAGAGAGAGUUCGCACGCAAGACACCUGCAAGAUGUCAGGUGUCAAUGUUGGAAAGACAACUCCAACGAGAAAGACAACUUUUGGUAAAAAUGCUGAGCUCCGUAAGAAUCCGCAAACCCACACGGGAGAGAAAUUCUCCCAACACACUGAGCGUGAGGAACCUCUUGUGGACCAGUCAAAACUUCGAAUAAAUCAAAGGUUACAUACAGGAGGAAAAAAAGACGGAAGAAAUUUCUGUGGCAAAACCCUCUUGAACAAGCAGCACCGAAAUCCCAAAGGGGAAAAGACGUCUAGGUCCAAUAAAUCUGGGAAGAUCACGCGUCAGGAGUCAGACCUCACUAGAAAUCAGAAAAUUAAUACAGUUGCGAAACCUCAUGUAUGCGAUACAUGUGGAAAUAGCUUUGGCCGGAAGUCACGCCUCAUAGCACAUCAGAGGGUUCACACAGGGGAGAAGCCUUUUGAAUGCCAAGAGUGUGGAAAAACAUUCGGCCAGAAGUCAUACCUCAUUAGACACUGGAGAAUCCACACAGGGGAGAAGCCUUACAAAUGUACCACAUGCGGGAAAAGCUUCCAUCAGAGGUCAAAUCUUGCAAUACACCUGAAAAUUCACACGGGGGAGAAGCCGUACAAAUGUAACGAAUGUGGAAAAGCCUUUUGCCGAAAGUCACAUCUCCUAACACAUGAGAAAAUUCAUACAGGGGAGAGACCUUACGAAUGUGUCAAGUGUGGGAAAGCCUUUGGCCGGAAGUCCUACUUCAUAAUGCAUCAGAAAAUUCACACAGGGGAGAAACCUCAUGAAUGCCCCGAGUGUGGGAAGGCUUUCCUGUGCACGUCCGACCUUAUCAAACACAAAAGGGUUCACACGGGGGAGAGACCGUACGAGUGUGAUGAGUGUGGGAAAACAUUUAAUCAGAAGUCGAUCCUCCUAACGCACCAGAAGACUCACACUGGGGAGAAGCCCUAUGAAUGUCACGAGUGCGGAAGAGCCUUUCGAGAGAAGUCAUGUUUCCUGGUCCAUCAGAGAAUUCACACAGGGGAGGGCAAGCCCUACCAAUGUAACCAGUGUGGCAAAGCUUUUACCUGCAAGUCCUACUGCCGCGUACACAAGAGAAUCCACACAGGGGAGAAGCCUUACGAGUGCCACGAGUGCGGGAAAUGUUUCAGACAAAGAUCGGUUCUCGCUACCCAUCUGAAAAUCCAUGCAGGAGUUAAACCUUACGAAUGCAGCGACUGUGGGAAAACCUUUGUGGACAAGAGCCAUCUCCUAAGACAUCACCGAACGCACGAACAGCGGAAGUAUGAGUGUAACCAAUGUGGCAAAUCCUUUUCUUACAAAGGGUUCUUCAUCAUGCAUCAGAGAAUUCAUGCAGGGGGGAACCUUUGACUGUCCAAAGUGUGGAAAAUGUUUUUACUAUAAGUCAAACCUGAUGACACACCAGAGAGUUCACAGAAAAGGGAAUUGAUGGAUGUGGAAAGUACGAAAGACCGGGCCUGGUGUGGUAACGUAGUGUUUAAAGGCCUCACCUUGAAUGCACCAGGAUCCCAUAUGGGCACCACUUUGAAUCCUGGCUGUUCUACUUCCUUCCAGUUAAUUAGGACAUAAAGGUUCAAGGGCUAC